AUGGUCGAUAACUUUUUGGAAAUAUUCAUGGAUGAUUUAUCCAUCUCUGGAGAUAGCUUCGACAAAUUUCUUGGCAAUCUGAAGAAGGUUCUCAAGCGUUGUGAAGAGGUUAACCUUGUGUUGAAUUGGGAAAAGUGUCCCUUCAUGGUGACUGAAUGCAUUUUGUUAAACAACAAGAUUUCACAAAAGGGUAUUGAGGUGGAUAAAGUUAAAAUUGAGGUCAAUGAGAAGUUUUCUCCACCAACUAUAGUCAAGGCCAUUAGGAGUUUUCUUGGACAUGCUAGUUUCUAUAAGAGAUUUAUUAAGGACUUAUCCAAAAUUUCCAAGCCCUUAUGCACCUUGAUGCAACAAAACCAACUUUUUGUGUUCGAUAAAUUUCGUAAUGACGCAUUCACAGAGAUGAAACAGAGCCUUAUCUCAGUACCCAUUAUUGUUACCUCAUAUUGGACAUUGUCAUUCGAGUUGAUGUACGACGCGAAUGAUUAUGCCAUGGGAGCAAUGUUAGAGCAAUGCCGAGCCAGGGAAGAAAGAAAUUUAGGCACGAUGCACGAUUUUAUUUUUGGGAUGAGCAUACUUGUCAAGCGAUGUGUCGACCAGAUGAUCCGAAGAAAAGUAAAGGAAAAGGCAAUCCUUGGACAUGAUGGAUCUUUAAGGCUAGACGAAUACAGUGCUUUGUACUAUGACCCUACAACCAAGAUGCACGAACAAGAAAUCUUUGGCUCAGGUGAAUUAUGUUCAGAAGAUGAUUAUAAGAAUUAUGGCCCUGACAACAUAAAUCUGAAUAAAGCACACAAUGUGUGUCCUGAAAACGAAACCAAUACAGGAUACAAAGGAAAGACAAAGGAACAAUCGAGGCUUCUUCAUAAUAGAUCAGGAAUUAAUGAAACUUUACCACUAAUAAUUUCUGUCAAUCUAACCUCCGAACAGGAGAAUAGUUUGUUAAAUGUUUUAUCACAGCACAAAAAGGCUCUAGGAUGGACAAUGGAAGCUUGA